GUGUCACAAAAAUUGACAGUUCAUCGUGAGAAAAUGUAAGAAGAAAAGGUUUAUAAUUUUGCACAACUCGAACGAAGAAAAUACAAUUAGUUUUUACAAGCUAUUUGCUUUGUUCUCAAAUCAAAAACAUAUACAAAUAUUUUUUUAUAUUACUGGUUCUGUUAACGAAUAAAGCUUUUAAAGCAAUUAUUUAUUAGAAAGAAACGAACGGUGGUACACUAGUAGAAAGGAUAUUUUGAUACGUUAUCGUGACGUUGCCGAGAGAAUUUGUUUAGUGUUGAUACUGCAACAACUAUUAAGGAGGCAAUUGAAUAAUGGAGGUACACCUCAAUGAAACAGAAUCGCGCUACUUUAGCGAUUUAUUUCUAUGUUGUGACGUGGAAAAAGUUGGAAAAAUAUCAAUACUAAAAGCUAUGGAAUUGUAUCGUUCAGCAAACUUACAAAAUGAGAUAAUUUCGGAGAUAACUUCUCUUGUCGGUAUACCUUCAGCAGCUAUGCAUAUCUCUCGUGCGCAAUUUUAUUCAUGCUUAAAACUGAUUGCUGCAUUUCAAGCAGGAUUACAACUGAGGCAAGAGAUCAUAACUUCAACUCUUCAUUUGCCAUUACCGCGUUUCAGCUGGAAAGAUUCUCCAAGUAAUAUGGAUACUGAGUUUGUCGCAAGUUGUUCAAGGAUACACCAAUCUACAAAUGAGAUAAACUUGAUUCCAAAGCCUCUAGUCUCUGAGAGAAAAAAUUCAUUAUCUCAAAAACAGAAUGAUUGGUUGGUUGAAUCAUGUGGAAGUAACUCUUUACAGAAUGCUUCAACAAACAUGGAUAUACUUAGCGCUGAUUCUGAAAUUGAUCGGAAUGACUUAAAUGAGGUGGAUGGCGCCAAUCGGAAGGAUGACAGUGGAAGCAGUGGUCAUGAAACGCUUCGUCAUCGAGGUUCACCAGAAGCGUGGAGUACAAACAGCGAUAGUCCCACUCCAACUAAUAGUGUUACAGAUCGUCAGUGGGCCAAAGAGACGUUAUGGCAAGGGUUGUUGGGUGAUGAACAUCGACAGCUAUUGGGUACGGAAGAAGAAUCUUCAGAUCGGCAUAGUAGUGACGAUGAAAACGAUUUAGAAAGCGUAUACCAAAUAACACCAGAACAACGUGAUUAUUACUACAAACAGUUUAAAUCAGUACAACAUGACAAUAAAGGAUUUAUUUCCGGUCAGGUAGCGAGAGUAUUUUUCGAAAAAUCGAGGAUACCAGUGGAAGAAUUGAGACAUAUUUGGCAACUGUGCGACGUAUCUCGUGAUGGUGCUUUGAGUUUGGCUGAAUUUACUGCCGCUAUGCACUUAGUGGUAUUGAGACGUAAUAACAUACCAUUGCCAGCUAUGCUACCACCUUGCUUACAUCCAACUAUACUACAAUAUGGCUCACAGCUUGGUGCUAAAUUGCCACAGGAACCACCUGAAGCUGAUUUAUUACAUUUAAAUGAUGAUGAUGAAGAGGACAAAACUGAUAAUACAGUAAUUGCAACGCAAGAAAAUACUCUGAAACGAAUUAUCAACGAUAAAAACGGGAUGAAUAUUAGCACUUUGUCAACAUCAUCACAAGCAAGUAUGGUAUCCAAACAAGGGAAUCAUCCAUCAUUAACACCUCCAACAUUAGCCCCUCCAGUAAAGAAUCGCAGUAUACCUAAUUCUCCAAUCGUUGAGUCAAACACCUCACCUCCUAGUUUGCCAAUUGAAGCUGGUUUAGAUAAAACAAAAGAUCGAAAUUUAUGGGCUCCCACGGAUAUACCUCCCUCUCAAUGGACAAAGUUUACAGAAUCUCCUACAUCAAAUGUGUCUAGUCCUGGUCCAAAACCAGUAAAUUUUGAUAUGCAACGAACUGCGCAAGCCGUGGUGUCAGACCCACAAAUACUUCAUCCUGUGCCGUUACGGGUCACACCAGUUGCAGGUGCACUUUCUGGAAAUUCAAUAGUUGCUACAGAAACUGUCACUCAUGACGUCCACGAAUUAUUAUCACAUAAUCAAAAUGCAAGUCCUAAACAAUUAUCAGCUUCUGCAAGUGCAAUUGCAUCAAAUCCUAGCAACAACAACGCCGCGAAUGUUUUAAUACAUAAUAGAGAGUCUCUCCAAGCUAAUGAUUUAAGAGCUAUACAGCGUCCGCAAGCAAAAAAACUAUUAACAAAAAAUAUCGGCGCCUUACCACCGCCACCACAAAGAGAGUCAUGUAUUAGCAAUACCUCUGGUAUCACAAACAAUGCUUCUUCAAGUACAGUUUCCUUUGUUGGUAAUGGAGAUGAUAACGAAAUUGUCAAUAGCGGUCAAAAACUACAAUUAAUGCAAACUAAAAAGGAUCCUCCUCCAUUACCACCGCCACGGCCCCAUCGGCAUGGUCGCAGUAGUAGUUUGGAUUUAAACAAAUUGAAAAUGACAACACCAGGUUGUCAACAGACGGAGAUAAUAGCACAGGCAAGUUUUGAUCUACAAACUUCUACUGGUUUUGCUGAUUUUACACAAUUUUAUAACAAUGAAUUGAAAGACACAUAUUCUGAACAAGAACAGCAUUCUUUACCGCCAACUCAGCAAACGUUACCAUCACUCCCAGCUGCUGCAAUGGUUGAAAUGCCCCCAACACGAGUGUCAUUGCAAAAGUCCAAUCAACGUGUUUCAGCGUUUGAAGUGUAUAGAAAGCCAAAUACAUUACGGAGUUCACAAUCGCCUAUACCAGGAAUACAAAUGAAUAACAGAACACAGCUAAGUCAACCGCUCCCCCCUUUAUCUAAAUCAUUUGGAGCAAUCGGUGGUUCCGUAAUAACACAACAAUCAGAACUAGCUAACGCUUUGCCAAAUGCAGACCUCUAUGAAAAACGUAUCAACGCUAUUAGUGACACUUUAAAACACGUAUCAUUUAGGCAGGACAACAAUAUGGGUGAUGUUUUGAGACACCUUCGCGAACAAAAUAAUAUCUUAUUGCGUUUGUGCAAUGAUUUAAGUGAUGAAUUACUCUCGGUACAAACCCGAAAAGAAGAACUACGGCUUAAAAUAGAUGCGUUAGCAUUGUCAGAGUAUUCAAUACGAAACUGCAUUAAUCAGCAAACGCAAUUAGAAACGCUAACUAAUGCAUCUACUUCUGAGCCAGUUUCCGCAAAUCUUUCUGGUGGUUCGGGCAGCUCUGGAUUACAUUCAAAUGUGUAAGCUCAUAAUGGAAAAUAUGAAAAACCCUUCAAAAUUUUUAAUUUUCCUCACAUUUGGUUUUCAUUUCUAAUUCAAUGUUAAAAAAUUUGUUAUAAAAAUCAUGAUUCCAGCAAUAGUAGAAUAAAACAGAUACAAUUAUUCUGUUUGUUAUAUAAAAAUGUAUAACUAAAAGAUAUACCGUUAAGUUUACAGUAUUUUUUCGAAUAUUUUAGUGAAUGAAUAUGAAGAUGGUUUGAAAACUAAAUUAAGUCAUGGUUUGUCAUAAUUUAAUUUAUCUAUAAAUUAGACCAAUAUGGAAAGAGUUUAUUACGUCUGGAGCUACAUUUGCCGUUAAAAAAUUGCGCAACCUUUAUAUGUAAAUAUACGUAUUCCUAUGUAUCUAUA